UUGACCGAGGAGGCGAGUCGGUGGAAAAUGACUAGAGGGGAGCUCUUAUCCCGGGGUAAAAGUAGGCAUUACGACCGGGAAUUGCAUUUUGUUUUUUUAUUAAAGUUGUAUUUUUGUAUGUUUUGAUCGCCGGCUGUCCAGCCCCGUAGGACGUCUGGUGACACUGAAGGGUUUUGAACACAGCUUUCCUCGCGUCGGAGCCUCGGAGCAGUGCCAGAGACCCCGCUCACCGCCCGGUCCUUCCCUCUGCCAGCAUGCCGCGGGGCAACAGAACUCCUCUUAUUCAGGAAAUAGCAAAGCGAGCCUGCAUCACAUUUAAAGGCUUAACGUCUUCGGGCAGCGGGGACAAUGUGCUCGCCGCGGACCAGCAGAGUGAACUUCUCUCCUUAGUGACCGCGGUCAGGGCUGCUGACCUGAAACUUGCUCUCCCGAAAACCAAGCCGAGCUCCGGGGCCGCGGGGCUCCAGAGACCGCCGGUCACCUACAUGCACAUCUGCGAGACGGAGGCGUUCAGCAUGGGGGUGUUCCUGCUGAGGACCGGCGCCUCCAUACCGCUCCACGACCACCCGGGCAUGAACGGGAUGCUGAAGGUUCUCUACGGGAAGUUGAGCCUCCGCUGUUUUGACAAGCUGGAAGACAAUCUAACCGCCGGCGCCGCCCCACCUCACUUCGAGCCCCCGUUGGCUCCAUUCCAGACGGCCUCCCUGCGACGCUCCGUGCUCAGCUCAGUCGCAGAGUACUCUGAGGACAGUGGGCCGUGCCUCCUCACCCCUCUCCAGGAUAACCUCCACCAGAUCGACACGGUGGAGGGGCCCGCCGCUUUCCUGGACAUUCUGGCGCCUCCGUACAAUCCAGACGACGGGCGGGACUGUCACUAUUACAAAGUCCUGCAAACUGUGGCAGAGGGGGGGACGGAUGGAAGGAGCGGCGAGGUGCAGCAGGGAGAGGAGACGUGGCUGCUGGAAAUCCCACAGCCAGAGGACUUCUGGUGUGGCGGGGAACCCUACCCAGGCCCUGCAGUCUUCUUCUAAAUGCAGCCUCUGAUCAGAGGAACUAUCCUUCCUUAAAUGACGGUGAUAACAUAGUGACAUCUAUCUACAAGAGGAGACUUACUUUUGCUCUGCCCCACGGGAAAGUCAAAACAUGAGGGUCAUUAUAACCUGAGACUCAAAGGGAUUUGGUGCCUUGCUCAUGGGUGCUACAGCAGAGCAGAGGCCUGUAUAAACAGAGGCUUGAACUCAGAAUAAGGACCACUGAACAGCCUUCGAUAAAAUUAUCAAUGAUCUACUGAGAGAAAAAGAGUCGACACAAGGAAUGUGCAUUUCCUAAUGUAUUAUUUUUUUUGUUGCACCGUUCUGUUGCCUUGUACACACAUGAAUGUCAUUAGCCAACCGUUCUGUGAAUGCUGGGGUGUCAUUAGGAUCUCUUAUCUUCCGUGUGGCUUGGAAAGGCUUUACACAUAAUUUUUUCCACUCUGCUGCAGAGGACCUCCGCGUGGUCACAUGUCUCAAUGCCAACGCGUGCAACUCGAGACGCACCUGGCUUACUUGUGAAUAUGCAAUAUGUAGUUAUUAACAGUGCUAUUUUUAAUGCACAUGCUUUAUUUCACGUAUGCCAUAUUACCAUAUCCAAAAAAGACACUACAUAGUCUCGUAUCACGAUAUUGAUAUAAAAUCAAUACAUGGUAUAUGAUACAUAAUAUUGAGACUGCUGAAGCUUCAGAACCAGUCCAGAAGUCUUUAGAAAAGAAUGACAUUUUAAGAUGGAAGCUGUGUUUGAGAACAUUUGCAUGCCCUAAAGCCGACACGCCUCCACUCUUCACUGCCUUGUAGCUUGAUGAACACUACACCAUUCCUAUCUAUGUGUCACUUUAGCUCACAUCUCUGCGGUCACACGGCUCCUUUAGCCUGUCAGCCUGCACAAGGGUCUGCCUGCCAGUUUGACAAUGAUUCUGUUACUCUGAUGUUGAAUGUAUGUGGAUCAAUAAAGUAGAUGGAAAUAAUCA